AUGGCUCAAGUGGAGUACAAGAUAGUUGCUCGACUGCUUCGCAAGAGAUCCUCCAGCCCAAAAGAUACUACUGAAGCCAGCCAACGGAUCAUGGUUCUCCCAGCCUUUGCCGAAGACCCACCCCUGAACAUCAACAAUCACGAUGCACGAUACGCGCUAUCCAGGACUAAGUCUGUCCGUAGAAGUCUUCUCUCCACACAGAAAGAUCGCAUCACCAUCAACGCGCUGCAGCCUGAGGCGGUCUACAUCAGCAUCGGCGGCCACCAGCUACCCGACUCCCACGCCUCCGUAACACUGGACCUGAGCUUUGAAUCCACUUCCUCAUUCUCAUUCCCGCCGGAGGUCACUCUGGGUCAGGUUAAGCUAGAUACUCAGACGUGGUUCACAGGGACCCCCAUGAAGAUGUCGCCCGACCUGGGAGAUCCCCGUGAGGCCGCAGGACUACGCCACGAGCUACGGUACUCUACCCAGACCAAGCUCCCUACGACAGACACGGGAGUCAUUCUAUGGCACAAGGACGAUCAGACAGAAGACCGCAAGGUGUUUACUUGGCGAUCGAGAACCAAGGUCCCUAUUCGUCUCCCUACCGCACACAAGAUGUUCUUGCCCACCUUCUUCAACUGCUUCAUCGCUCGAAGCUACAUCCUGCGUAUGUCUGUCAACUUCAACGGCUCUAAGACCAAUCUUUCGGUUCCGCUGCAGAUCGCAUCGCAGUCGCUUUACCCCCAAGUGAUGGAGCCAGAAGUGGAGGAUCUGCCAUCCUUUGAUGCAUCUCUUGCUUGGAGAUGA